UCACUUGACAUUAUUGACAAUUGGAAAGUCUGUAACUGUGUUGUACAGUAAAAUUUUAGUUUGUUUUUAGUAAAUCAUUGCGCUUUAUUAGCUAUUAUGAGUUUACAUAAAGCAAGGAUUAAACUUUUUGAAGAGAUAUUGGAAAACGAAGUAAUUGACAUCAACUCUCUUAGAAAGUUAGCUUUCAAUGGUAUACCAGAUGAUAAAGGCUUACGGUCCCUUGUGUGGAAGAUAUUAUUGCACUAUAUACCACAAGAAAAAAAUAUCAGAGAUACAACUCUCAUUAAUAAACGACAGCUAUAUAACCAAUACAUAAAUGAGAUCAUAGUAUCACCAGGAGGGCCCAGUGAUCAUCCGUUAAACAUCAGUCCAGAUAGCUCUUGGAGCACCUACUUCAGAGACAAUGAAGUCUUGUUACAAAUUGAUAAGGAUGUCCGGCGUUUGUGUCCAGAUAUAUCAUUCUUUCAGUCAGCUACUGAAUUCCCGUGUGCAGAGAUAGUAAACAGCAAUGGAGUGAAAAGACUGCACAAAAGAGUAGAACAGUCCAUGCUGAGGUACUCUACUCUUGAAAGAAGAGGCUUGGGAGUCGCUAAGCUGAGUAACGAGAUCCGGCGAUCAGACAGCCAGCCGUCCGGCGACUACGAGCCGCUGCACGAGGGCUGCGAGGCGCACUGGGAGGUCGUGGAGCGCAUGCUGUUCCUCUAUGCCAAGCUCAAUCCCGGCCAGGGCUAUGUGCAGGGCAUGAACGAAAUCAUAGGGCCGAUUUACCACACGUUCGCGACCGACCCCAAUUCUGAAUACCGACAACAUGCAGAAGCUGACUGCUUCUUUUGCUUUACCAACUUGAUGUCCGAAAUUCGUGACUUUUUCAUUCGCACCCUGGAUGAGACUGAAAGUGGCAUUAACUACAUGAUGAACCGGCUCUGUGACUGUGUGAAAAAAAAUGGGCCCCAAGUUUGGCGUCGAAUGGAAAUCCAGGAGCUUAAACCUCAAUACUAUAGCUUCCGGUGGAUAACUUUACUGCUGUCUCAAGAGUUUUCUCUACCAGACGUAGAAAGACUGUGGGAUUCCUUAUUCGCGGACCCAAUGAGAUUUGAUUUUCUUAUAUACAUUUGCUGUGCCAUGAUUUUACUCGUGGAAGACAGUUUGCUCAACGGUGACUUCGCGUCCAACGUCAAACUACUCCAAAACUUCCCGCCGAUGGACGUCUCUCUUAUACUGAACAAGGCUGUUGAAAUAUCGCAGAGAUAAUCCCUCUCCGUGAACGUGCAUUUGAUACCUAUUUUACAAGAUUUUACAUUGACAAUUUAAUACGUAAGUUUGGAGAAUUUAUUAAAAAAAUUUGCGUUUAUUUAAAAGAUAUUAUAGCUAUACGAGUGCAUUGCUAUCAGUUAGGAGCACGAAAGGGGUCUUAAGACUACCAAGUGAUAUAAAUGUUCGGGACAACUUUUAUUUAGUUGUUAAUCUAAAUAGUUAUUGUGAGAAAUACGUGUACUCCCGAGUUCUUUACAAGAACGAAUAUAUAUGUCGUAAAUUAAAGAAGUUACCAUUGCAUUUUUUGAGCCAUAGCCAUUAAAACUCUGACGUUAAUUCGCAUAUUUUAUAUACUCUGUGUUAUCCAUCAAACUCGAAACUAAAUAACUCGAGUCGAAUGAAUAUUGUAUGGUACUUUAAUGACUCUUUAAUACCUUAAAAGUUUGUAUUUAUUAUAUUUUUUUACGCAUUUGUCCUUUUCGAUAUUUGGUAGUUAGUUUAUCUACGUAUAGUUAGCGCAACCUGAGAUCACAUCACAUAUUUAGCAUUUAUGUUACUUAUGUUAUGAAUGGGCCCUUAUAUGCACGGUGAUUCAGGAGACGUCAGCAGGAUCCACUUACGCAUUCAGUAAAAGAUAAGCUACUGUUUCGUACCAGUAUCUAAUAGGUAACAUUAAUGUUUUUAGGGAGGGUUCCGUAGCCAAAUGGCAAAAAACGGAACCCUUAUAGAUUCGUCAUGUCCGUCUGUCUGUCCGAUUCUGUCACAGCCACUUUUUUUAAUGGCGAAAAUUGAAAAUUAGUUCAUUAUAAUUAUUUUAAUUAUUAGCGACAUGCUUGGCACUUAUCCUUUGCUUUACCUAUGUGUCAAAUUUAAUGUCAUCAGUCACAGGUGGGACACUUAAUGAAUGAACUGCCAUAACACUUUAUCUUUAUUACUAAUUAGGCGUUGUGGGGUAACCAGACCAUUGUAAAGAAGAAAACCUUUACUAAACAAAAAGCAAUAAAAAUCAGGAUAACGGUGUGAUCACAAAUUAAAAUUCAAAACAUAAUAUCCGCGGUCCCGAGCACCACAUCCAUCACGCUUACGCUCAGUGAGAAUGAGAGAACACGAACGUAUGGGGCCUUAACAUUUACUGUGUGUGUAGGGUUGGUCCUGCUUACGUCUCAUGAAUCCCCCCGAAUAUGACGUAAAGGCUAUCCGUUAAACUAUAGGUCUUAGGUUCAUAUGUAUAGGGAUCAAUACAUAACUGUCAAAUAUAUCUUAGAAAAUGUAUACUAUAGUAACAUAUCACCAUAAUAUUACCUUCAUAUCAAAAAGACAAUAUAUAUUUUGAAAUAGUUUGGGAGUCCCAAAGUCUUAAAUCGUACUAUGCCUCCAGGCAUAGUACAAUUUAUCGACCACAUAGGCGCCAAUAGAAUUUCAACUUAAGCAUUUCGAUUUAAGGUUCAAAUUAUAUUUUACUUUCGGGAAAUGUAACUUGUCUUCAAAUGAAUCAUUAAAGCUGGAUUUAUUGGAA